UCGCGCAGUAGGGAAUGUACGUAGUAUUGAGUCUGCUGUAGAGUGCUUGCUAGGACUAACUAAGAGCGUCCCAUCUCCGUACGAUAAAAAUUCUCCGGAGCUCACUAGAUCGGUCCGACAUUCAUCCGAUCUUCAUCAAGAUUCUCAUCAUUUGUAGUCUCGGACCGACUAUCAUUCCGCAUCAUGUAACAAGGUGGUCGUCCUUAUCCCCCCUAACCCUCGCCAGUAUCGAGGGAUUCCUCUGGUCUCCGAUUUCAAACGGAUUGCAAGACAUUCGGAAAAAAGAUGAGCAUUUUUUCUCGACUGCGAAACCAGACUCUCCGAUGGUGGUACGACGUUCCUUUGCCAGCAUGCGAGGCUGACGCGACUCCAAUCUUCCAUCCAUGGUAUAGAUUCGAUUCAUCAGUCAACAAGUGGGUUUCUUUUGAUUCCACCUCCAGACUUACUGGUACAGGAUACAAGCCCAGUGAUGGUGGGAAGUUCGUCCUGGUUACAUGGGAGGGGUUGAGGGGUUCAUGCCUAAAACACAUCUGCACCACAAACAACCCAGAAGGAAGAAAGAAGUAACUAACUAGUUAACUAACAGUUGAUUACGUCAGGAUAGGCGGCGGAGGAAUUCCUACUACAUACUCUACUACAUACUCUACUACACACUCUACUACAUACUUCCAGCACUCUCUUCCAAGCUGGAAUACCGGC